CUCUCGCAAAAGAUAGGAGUAACUGAAGAGCAAAAAGAGAUGAGCGAAGGUGUUUACCGUGGUAAAUUCCGUUCCAUGUUUCGACACAGGAAAUAUGAAGGUCCUGAAGAUGCUUUCGUUUCUUACGUCUGUAAUCACGGAUCCUAUUAAGUGAACCAAAAGACAGUGAAAAACCAGUGAUGCCGUGCGGGGAGGAGUUCCAAACCACAUCGAGCCGAACCCAACAUGCAAGUUAACGCGAAACUGCUGAAAACGCAGGAUUAAAAUUGUUUAAUGUGUUCUACCGAGCAAAAGUUGAAAGUAUCCUUUGCGGGUGUACAGACAAAGAAUUGGAUUCCUUCGCGUACGGGUUGCAACGCUCGGAUGAGUUCUUCCUGACGUGCGGAGGCCGUGCAUGUUUACGUUUGAAGCAGUGGACUGUGUACUGCAAACUUGUUAACAAUGAAUAACAGUUUAGUGAGUGUUAUGAAAGACUACCUGUCGCCGGAAGAUCGCUGUGUUGCUUGCCUUGAAGCCGGCCUUGUGCAGGAAUGGGUCAAGACAAGCCGCAUACUAGUCCUCGUUGAGCACAACAAUGAACAUGGCCUCUUGGUUUGUCGAAGCGGCUGGGCCUGCAUACCAGCAGAUGUGGCCGUGGAACGCUGUUUUCCAAUCGAUCAAGACUUCAAGUGUGACCUGGAUUCUUCUGGCACAGGUCACGCUGCAGGUUCAGAUGUCUACGUGAAAAUGAGCCACCAGAAACGGAAGCUGCUUUUCGAGCUACCACUCGGCACGGAGGCCAAGACUUUCUUCCAACAGCUCACACGUGCCACAGAAGCUUAUCUCGUGCGUGUGGGCCCACCUGCCAAGUUCGACUGGCUGAAGCACUAUGCCGCUCCCACUGGUAGCGGAGAGGCUUCCCUUCUGGUCGACAUCCCUGCUCCUGUGGAAGCGAUCCCGGAACGUAGCGUGUCACCGCAACUGCCGCGGCAAACGAUAGCUCAGGGGGCUCCAGGAAUGAAGAACAGUGGGUGUGAGUGGUGGAGUAAUUCGCAGGGAGCGACACCAUUGGCUGCACGGGAGAGCGUGGUGCGAAUGCAGCUGGCCAUGAGGGAGGAAGACUACACCCACCUCAAGGACCUGCGCCUCCUCACUGCCACCUGGAAUGUCAACGGCCAGCCACCGUGCAACGUGGAACUCCGUGAGUGGCUCGCGUGCGAUCCGGAGCCUCCAGACGUUUACGCCAUAGGGUUCCAGGAGCUGGACCUCAGCAAGGAAGCCUUCCUCUUCUCUGAAAGUCCGCGGGAAGAAGAGUGGCUUCAAGUUGUCAAGAAGGGCCUGCAUCCCAUGGCCAAGUACCACCAGGUGCGACUGGUACGCCUGGUAGGCAUGAUGCUGGUGGUCUUUGUGGAAGAAAGUCUAGUGGGUGCAUUGAGCGAGGUGGCCUCGGACACAGUUGGCACUGGUAUCUUGGGUAAGAUGGGCAAUAAGGGAGGAGUUGCCAUCCGGAUGGACCUGCAUGCAACCACCAUCUGCUUUGUCUGCUGUCACCUGGCGGCACAUGUGGACGAGUACGAGAGGCGCAACCAGGACUACCAGGACAUCUGCUCUCGGCUCCAGUUCACGCAGUUGAGGACCCCGCGUGCCAUAAGGGACCACGACCAGGUGUUCUGGUUGGGAGACAUGAACUACCGCAUCUCCAAUCUGGAUGUAGACCAGGUGAAGGGACUUUUGGAAAAGAACCAGAUGGAUAUCCUUCUGCAACAUGAUCAGCUCCGCGUCCAACAUCAGCAGAAGAAGAUAUUUGCAAAUUACACGGAAGGCAAAAUCACAUUCCAACCCACUUACAAGUACAACCCUGGCACGAGCGAAUGGGAUUCCAGUGAGAAGCAGCGGCCACCUGCCUGGUGUGACAGGGUCCUGUGGAGGGGGGAUCACGUCAAGCAGCUCGUCUAUCGUUCUCAUCACCAGCUUGUCCUUAGUGAUCACAAGCCUGUCACUGCAUUGUUUGAGAUAGGGAUAAAGGUUGUGGAUGGAGCGAAGUUCCGUCUGAUUUACGAAGAGAUCAUGAAGAAACUGGACAAGCUAGAGAAUGAGUUCCUGCCCCAGGUGUCAGUAGACAGGUUGGAGGUCCGUUUCGAUCGGGUACGCUUUGUCGAGCCGCAGACACAGAGCCUCAUCAUCGCCAAUACGGGCCAGGUUCCUGUCGAGUUCUCAUUCCGAAAUAAGUACGAUCGACCGUCCUACUGCAAGGAUUGGCUGAAGAUAGUACCAGCCAUUGCUGCUAUCAAGCCAGGUGAGAAGUGCGACGUAGCGCUGGAAGUGUGCGUAGACAAGCGGACGGCUUGGCAGCUCAACUGCGGGGAGGACAGCCUCUACGACAUCCUGGUGCUCCACUUGGAGAGGGGCAAGGAUAUCUUCAUCACUGUAUCUGGGACGUACGAACCCAGCUGCUACGGCUGUUCACUGGAAGCCCUGGUGCGGGUGCCGUGCCCAGUACGGGAAUUAGGCCCGGAGAAGCUGGAGCUCCUUGAGAAGCGGACAUUGAAGGAAGGGGUACUGGACAUACCCUUCGAGGUGCCCAAGGAACUGUGGCUGCUCGUGGACCAGAUCUACAAGUACGGCUUGACCCAGGAUGACCUGUUCCAGCAGUCUGGACUGACAUGGGAGAUCCAGAUGAUUCGCGAUGCCUUAGACACACGACUGGACGGACAUCUCCCUGGCAGUGUACACUCGAUUGCAGAAGCCCUGCUCCUUUUCCUGGAAGCUCUUCCAGAGCCUGUCAUUCCUCGCCUUUCUUACCAACGCUGCCUUGACUGUUCCAAUAACUUUGUGCUCUGCAAGCAGGUUGUCUCACAGGUUCCAGACGUGCAUAGGAAGACGUUUGUCUACCUUGUGUCUUUUCUGAAAGAGCUUCUAGCACAUUCUUCAGAUAACAAACUGGACGCAAAGCUCUUGGCGAAUGUAUUUGGUACAGUCUUGCUACGUCCAAAAGAAGAAGAGCCAGCCGGUAGCAGACGACAGAUGGCAGACCGCAAGAGGGCCACUUUUGUUUACCAUUUCCUGAUGAACGACUAUGAUGAUUGAUUGAUCGAUGUCAUUAUGGGCCAUCAUCAUGCGUUUGUGUCCAUUGCACAAUACUGAUGUUGUGCAGUACGAUCAAAGUAUUGCUCACAACAAAUUGAUAAGAUCAACAACUUCUUCGACCAGAAGUGUACAAAGUUGCACUCUAUAGCAGUGACGACAUUUAAGAACUACAACUUUUUGGAAUUGGUUAGACAUGUAAGUGGACAAAAAGGGGAAAGGGGGAAAGGUAGGCCUAAAGCCUAGACCUCAUUAUGAAGUACAUCUUGGCUAACAUCUGCCCGACGAGCUAUUUUUUUUCCCUCCCAAUUCUCCCGUGAUGACCAAUUCUUCUGUUGCUGUUCUCACACUUUUUAGAAUUAAUAAGGUCAGAUUUUCUGUUCUGCUUCCCCCUUCUAUCAGAACAAAUUUAAUAGGGGUUAGCGUUGUGAGUGCAACUUUAUGCUCGGUUCUCCUACUCAACACUUCACGACACAAACAUCGGGCAUUAGAUUGUGUCUAUUCACACCACCUUCAUGUUCUGUACUUCUCGUCGGUCAGUAUUUAUUUCCAUCUCGAGUUUGAAAUUUUGACGUUUUCCGAAAGGUGACUCUCUCUCUCUCUCUUCACAAUGCAUUUCAGCACAUUCCAUACCUUUGAUGGGUAUGUGGUGCAGCCUACAUAAAUGCACAUAGCAUGUGCUCCUUCCUAGAGUUUACUGUGUACAAAAAAAUUUUAUAUGUCAUUAUUUUAGUCCCAUGGGAAUAGCAUAUUAUAUACCUUAAAUAAAAUGACACUGCAGGAAAAGUA